AUGCUCGCCGCGGCGAGUGUCAGGGCGGCGGCGGCCGUGUGGCUGGGUCUCGCGACGGUGGCGGCGGCGCUGGGCCAGCAGCCCAUCAUCACGUUCAACAGCUCGGCGGCGUCUGCGCUCCAGAUCGCCGGCGGCAGCGUCGCCAGGGGCCAGAUCCUCGUGUCGGGGAACGACUACUGGGGCGUCAUCCGCGCCGCGGGCGACCUCGCCGUCGACUUUGGCAGGGUCACGGGCACAAACUACUCGCUCAGCAACGGCAACAGCAGCGCCAGGCCAGCAGAGUACGAGUACAACCCCAUCAAUAAUAUGAAUAACACGUUUUACUCAACGACAGGAAAUGCCAGCUUUGCGGGCCCCGCAUACUCCGACCCGUCGCCGGCUGACAUUGUCGUCAUUGCCGGGACGAUCGGGCACUCGGCCGUCAUCGACGAGCUCGUCUCGUCCAAGGCGAUGGACGUGUCGGCCGUCGAGGGCAAGUGGGAGUCGUUUGUCAGCCAGGUGGUCAAGAACCCGGUGCCGGGGUGCGCGGCGGCGCUCGUCAUCGCCGGCAGCGACCCGCGCGGCACCAUCUACGGCAUUUACGACGUCAGCGAGCAGAUCGGCGUCAGCCCGUGGUACUUUUGGGCCGACUCGCCCGUGCGGCAGGCCGAGGACAUCUUUGUGCUGCCGACCAAGAAGGUGCAGGGCCCGCCGUCGGUCAAGUACCGCGGCAUCUUCAUCAACGACGAGCAGCCGGCGCUGUCCAACUGGGUGUCGGACCACUGGGCCGACACCCCGUACGGCGCAGGCUACGGCCCGGCCUUCUACGGGCUCGUCUUCGAGGUGCUGCUGCGGCUGCGCGCCAACUACCUGUGGCCGGCGCUGUGGGCGACCAUGUUCGAGGUCGACGACCCGGGCAACCAGCCGCUUGCUGAUGCCUUUGAGAUUGUGCUGGGCACGUCGCACACGGAGCCCAUGAUGCGGGCGCAGAACGAGUUCGGCAAGUUCUACUCCGGGGCGUGGGCGUACAACGUCAACAACGGCACCAUCGACGACUACUUCCGCUACGGCGUGCAGCGGGCCAAGCCGUACGCGCGCAACAGCCUGUGGACGGUGGGCAUGCGCGGCACGGGCGACACGGCCAUCGAGGGGCUCGGGGUCGACCACAUCGUCGCCAUGCUGGAGACGCUCGUGGCCAACCAGCGGCGCAUCGUGGCCGAGGGGCUCGGCGCCGACGUCGGCGACGUGCCGCAGAUGUGGUGCCUGUACAAGGAGGUCAUGUCGUACCUGCUCGCGGGCUUGCGCGUGCCCGACGACGUGACGCUGCUGUGGGCCGACGACAACUGGGGCAACGUGCGGCGGCUGCCGCUGCUCGACGAGACGGCGAGGUCGGGCGGCGCCGGCGUCUACUACCACUUCGACUACGUCGGCGACCCGCGCGACUACAAGUGGAUCAACACCAUCCAGCUGUCCAAGACGGCCGAGCAGAUGCACAUGGCCCACGCGCGCGGCGCCGACCGCAUCUGGAUCGUCAACGUCGGCGACAUGAAGGCGCUCGAGAUCCCCAUCAGCCACUUCCUCGACCUCGCCUACGACGCCGGCCGCUGGGACGUCGACAGCACGGGCGCCUGGGCCGCGGCCUGGGCCGCGCGCGAGUUCGGGUCUGCCCACGCCGCCGCCAUCGGCACCCUCGUGGAGCGCUACGGCAUGUACGCGGCGCGCCGCAAGUUCGAGCUCGUCGAGCAGGGCACGUACUCGGUCGUCAACUACGGCGAGGCCGACGCCGUGCUGGCCCAGUGGGACGCGCUCGUGGCGGGUGCCCAGGCCGUCCACGACGUCCUCGACGCCGCCGCCCAGCCCGCCUUCUUCGAGACGGUCCUGCAUCCGGCCCUCGCCGGCCGCAUCGUCCACAAGGUCUACAUCGGCGGCGCCAAGAACAGCCUCUUCGCCGCCCAGAAGCGCAACGCCGCCAACGACAUGAUCAGCUACGUGCUCGACGCCUCGGCCGAGGACGCCAACCUCACCAGCCGCUGGGACAGCCUGCUGGGCGGCAAGUGGAAGCACUUUAUGGACCAAACGCACCUGGGCUACGACGGCUACUGGCAGCAGCCGAUGCGCAACAGCUUGCCGGCCAUGACGUACGUGCAGACGGCGUUCGCGUCGGUGGCGGGCCACGUGGGCGUGGGCGUCGAGGGCUCCAACGCGACGGUGCAGGGCGACGACAAGUACCACACCAACAGCGGCAACAACCUGGCCGUGCCGCCGCUGGACCCGUACGGGCCCGCCACGCGCUACUUUGACGUCUUCACGCGCGGCACGCAGGACUGCGCCUGGACGGCGUCCCCGUGGGCCCCCUGGGUCAAGCUGUCGCAGUACACGGGCGUCGUCGGGCCGGGCGCGGGCUCGUCGGACACGCGCGUUUUCGUAAGUGUCGACUGGGCCGCCGCGCCCAAGGCCCCGUUCGCCGACACGGUCAACAUCAACAUCACCACGCCGUGCCGCGGCAAGGACCGCUACGGCUUCAAGGCGCCCAUGGUGCAGGUGCCGGUCACCGCGCGGACUGUGCCGGCCGAUUUUGCCCGAGGCUUCGUCGAGUCCGACGGCCACGUCGCCAUCUCCGGCGCGCACUACCAGUCCAUCAUCCCCGCGGCGACAAACUCGUCCGCCAACGCCAACGUCUCGUACCACACGUUCGCGCGCUACGGCCGCACCGGCAGCGGCGUCGGCCUGCUACCCCUCAGCACCGAGAAGCUGGCCGUCGCCACGGCGCCCGCGCUCGGAUACGAGCUGUACCUGUUCACCAACACGACCGCCGCCAACGUCACCGUCUUCAUCUCGCCCGCCCUCAACUACCUCGGCGACGGCACGCCGCUCGAGUACGCCGUCGCGCUGUACCCCAAGUCGUCCCCCGCAAACCCGACGCUCGUCCGCCCCGUCGGCCCCACCGCCGGCGCCAACAUGCCCAGCGGCUGGGGGUCCGCCGUCGCCGACGCCGUGUGGGGGCGGAUUGGGAACUACUCGACGUCGAGCUUCGCGGUCUCGAAACCGGGCCCCUAUACGCUGCGCUUCUGGGCGCUCAUGCCCGGCGUCGUCGUGCAGAAGAUUGUUGUUGAUCUGGGCGGUGUCAGGCCGAGCUAUCUCGGCCCGCCGGAGAGUUUUCUUGUUGGCCGUGAUGUGGUCGGGGGGUAUAAGCAGGGUAGUUUUUUGGAUGAGGUUGAUACUUUUUGA